GCGUGCUUCCUUCAUCACCUAGAAACGGCAACGCUUGAGUCCUGGAUUUUCGAGGGAAACCGUCGCACAUGCACAGGGAAGAAACGGCUCUCUGGCUCGGUAUUAAACGGUAUUUAGCUCCAGGGGUAUUGAUUGGCUGUGUUUGUCCCUCCCCUCGUCUCUCGGCUCUGGUCUGAUGUUAGUUUGCUGAAGCUCAGCGUCAGGAGCGUCUCUGCAUGGAAAUACAGUCAAAUCAAGAGCGGAUCCACAAACACAUGGAUCUGUGUGUGUUUACUGCAGCGUCACCAACCUCUGCUGAUUUGGAGACGAUGGUUGCGAUGAGAGAUCGUGACAUUCAUCGUCUGGAACAGGAAGUGCGACGACUUCAGCGUCUGCUGCAGGAAGUCCAGGAGCGAACGGCCAAUCACGUCGCUCUGCUGCAACAACAACUGGCCAAUAAAUCACAGCAUAUAGAGAGACUUCAGGCCAAGUUACAGUCCCAGCAGGACUACGAGAAGAUCAAGACCGAGCUCAGGACUCUUCGAGCGCUGAUGCAAACUACAGAUGUAAUUUCGGUGUUUUCUCCUCCAUCUGAUGUCAGGAGCGUCUCUGUUGAUAACGAUCCUGUGAUCCAGAAAGAAACGCCGGAGUUUCAUCACUCCACUGGGAAAGAAGAAGCCCUGAACGAAUCUUCCUCGGUCAUCUCUGGGUCGCCAGCAUCAUCUUCAUCAUCUCUGAGCGUCCAGAGCUUCAUUAAAGAGGAGACAGACUCUGGUGAAGAUGAGCAGGAGUUUGACACGGCUCGAUUAGCUCAGCAGGUCAAAGAGGCUCUUCAGCAGCUGAACAUCGGCCAGCGGGUGUUCGGUCACUAUGUGCUCGGCCUCUCUCAGGGAACCGUCAGCGACAUACUGGCCCGACCCAAACCCUGGAGCAAACUGACCAGCAGAGGAAGAGAACCCUUCCUCAGAAUGAAGCACUUCCUGUCCGACGAGCACAGCAUCCGAACGCUCAGCGCCAUCCAGGAGAGACUGAGAGGUGUCUUCGUGCCGUGGGUUGGUCCUCCAGACAGGAGCUCAGAUGACGUGAUCAGGAACAUUCUGGAUCAGAGCCGUCUGGAGAUGCUGGAUGAUGAUGAUGAUGAUGAUGAUGAUGAAGGCAGCAGAUGUCAGCGCGGUGGAGACACGUCAGAUGACGUCAUCAGGAACAUCCUGCAGCAGGCCAAACAUGAGACGCAGACGCAGACACCUGCGAUGAACGACGCACCGGUCCGGCAGGAAGAGGAGGAUUAUGGGACACUGGAGUCCGGCGUUCAGUCCCUGGCUGAUUUUGUCCAAAACAUCAUCCAGAAGGUCAAAAGUGAAAUAUAUGAAGAUACUGAGCCCUCAGUUUCUCCGUCCUCUGUGAGCCGCUCGUUCCAGACGCUUGCAGCGGAUCCGGAUCAGAGAGCGCAGGGGUUUAAGAUGGAGACGCGUCAGAGACCUCGCUCCUGUCCCAUCAGCAGCAGCUGUGAGCUUCAGUCUCUGCAUCUGGACACGUUCAGCAUCACGCAGAGAGUCAAAGAAACUCUCACGGCCAACAACAUAGGUCAGCGUGUGUUUGGUGAAGAGGUUUUGGGUUUAACACAAAGCUCUGUGUCUGAACUGCUGUCGCACCCCAAACCCUGGACUAAACUCAGUCUGAAGGGAAAGGAGAACUUCAUUCGGAUGCAUCUGUGGCUCCAAGACCCCCAAAACAUCCAGAAGCUCAACGCUAUGAAGAAGAUGGACCACAGAGCUCGUCUCAAACGUGCUCUGAUGGGAUCAGACUGUGCUUCACAGAGGUGGUUGGAUGUGGGAGGACAGGGGUUUUGUGAUCGUUGGGGACGCUGUGAGGCGAUGAAGAGGCCGCGUGUCAUCCUCAGCGCUCAGGAGAGAGAUGCGCUGAUAGCGGUGUAUCAGACAGAGCCGUAUCCGUCUCAACACACCAUCGAGAGACUCGCAGCACAGCUAGGCCUGCACACCAGCACUGUUAGCAACUGGUUCUACAACUACAGGUCUAGAAUUAGACGAGACGGUUUUUCUGAACCAGUACAAACCAGAACAUUUCAGAAUUCAACCGGUUCUAGUCCGGUUUCAUCCAGUUUAGUCCGAGUCAAACAGGAGCCCAGUGAUGGGGAGACGGAGGAGGACGCAGAUCUGCAGAGAGAAGAGCACAGUCACGUCUCUGUCGGCGUGCAGUCCGUCUCGAGGGUGAAGAGAGAGAAAGAUGAAGAUCCCUGGACUUCACCUGACCAACAAUGCAGAAAAACCUCAGGAACAUCACGAGAUCUUCUCCCUGCUUGAGCUCUAAAUGUGACCAUGACAGUCUUUUUUUAUUCAGAUUUUUUGAUCAUUGAUUGAUAAUUUUAUUUAAUGAAAAAGUACACCCUGAUUGGCCAGAUUGGUCUAUUUUUUUUUAGUAUGACUGAAGAAUAAUUGUUGGUUGUAUAUUUGUUUGGUAACUACUAAUGUACGUUCAUUUAUAUUCAUUUUGGUUUGGAGACUAAAUGUUAAACAAUGAUAUGAAAGUUUGUUAAUAAAGUCCCUUUUUGGUGACUUAAAUAAGAUUCAGACUUCAACUUUUGCUUUUAUUUGUAUUUGUUUUGUUCCAAUUAUGUUGUUGAAAAAGUAAAUAAAUAUGUUUUAAAUAAUAAACA